AGUAUCUCGAAGAAAAGCAACACUCCUGAAAUUACAGCGCUGGAGAGUGAGCGGAAUCCGGGUCUACCAAAAUGCAUUGCGUUGCCGUGUUCUUGGUUUCCGCGUUCGUUAUGGGUGCGCAGGGCAUACCAUCGGCAAGGACUUUUGGCUCGUCGCAGCAUCUCGAGCACGGCGUUGGUACUCACCAUCACGCCACCCAUCAGCAUCACGCCUUUCCGGGCGCUCAGCACCCGACCGCCAACCACGGUCACCAGGUUCUAGUGAACGACGCCUCCGUGUCCGUACUUGUCUGCCAAGUUGUCAAGGUUCCUGUUGGCCAGUCCGGUGCACAGCCGGCCGUCCCGUCCCACAACGUCCCGGCCGCUGCCGCAUCCGGUUCCUCGCCGGUUGCGGCGUCUUCGGUCAUCUCGUCUUCGCAAGACGCCUUGUCUAAUCUUAGGUCCAACGUCAGGACUGCCGUGGACAGACUUAUCGACCCUGUUGUCACCGCCUUGCAGAACGCAUCGCUUUGGCUCAACCGUACGUCGCAACUUCACCUGCAGCACCCUCACCAUGCCCACCAGCAUGGCGGACAAGCUGCCCACGAGCACGCUGCUCACGGGCACACGCACCACCUACUUUUCAACCCAGCUCACGUCCACCAAAGCCCGCAGGUGAUUCCAAAUCCGGCUGUGCCGAUGACCAUCGUAUCCGUUCCUGUGCUGGUUCCCGCAGUGCAUGCCGGCUCUUUUCCCCUCGUGAAUCUGUCGGCCGUUGUUCCUGCCGGCCUCGACGUAGGCUCUCUGCAGUUGUCAAACCCCGGACAGGAUAACGCCACGUCAUCGUUCACCGCUGUCGCCGAAUCUAUCACUGCUACUACCCAACAUUCAUCAACGCCCGCUGAUGGUGACCUCGUUGGCCGCACUGGUGCUCUGCCCACUCCGCCAGGCACGGACGCCCCGGAAACUCUGGCGUCGGACAUGUCCACCCCUACUACGGGUUCUGACACUAUCACGAUUUGGGUUCGGUCUGGCAACCUCGACAACGCGAACUGAAUCUAGCAGCGCACCGGCACCUAUGACGACGGAGGGUGUGCUGUUUCUUACGGCCGAGUCUCUGGCGAACACAACUACUACGCCGAGGCGAUAACAAACCUCCUACCACGGUCUCUGUGUAGCUAGCGCUCCGCCAUGGAUGGGUUGAUUAACCUGCUGAUUGGUGUUCAAGUUUUGUCAAUCCGGCAUUGAAAUUUUAGUAUAUGUAUUUGCAACGACAGGCUCUGCGUGUAUAGCUGGCAAUAAAGGCGACCGUUUUUAUACAAUCGGAUUCCUAUUUUUCGCUCCUUUU